CCUCCGCUGCAAUACAGAGUUGGGGCACUCACGAGAGAUCUCUCAAAACUCACCUUUGAGCUCACACACGCCAUGCUUCCUACAUUAGUACGACGUCUGGCUCAGGCCGCUAGACCGCAGCUGAACGCGGCCGUAUCAAAUUCAACUUACAAACUCAAGAAAGUGUGGCCUCCUGACAUGAAGACGAUGACGGCGCAGCAGCAACUUCGCUUCGAGAAGAAGUACAAGCGGAGGUUGAAACUCGCAACGGCACGCCCGCGGUGGGAUAAGAUGGUCCGGCUGGCGCAACUUUUCACCAUGACAUUUGUUGUUUCCUACAUGGUCUUGUUCAUGGACUGGAAGGAUGUGCCAACACCAUUUGACCCGGUUCGCGAGAAGUUCUGGACGUUCUUCGGCGUGUUUACGGAGGAGAAGAGAACGAUUGCGCCGAGCAACAAGCCCCCUUCUCAGUCGAUGUCCAGGCAAUGACUGAGACGUAACGGCUCUGGGACCUUGAUCUCUCUGUCCCGUAUUGUAUACUGUGUUCCACCACUCGGGAGUUUGGCGUUGGAUACCCGGCAACUUUCAGCGUGGCUCUUUGGCCAUGAUGGUAACUUGAAUGCGAGAUGCCGGUGCUUUCGGCCUCACAAAACUUCAGCCCCACGUCUGUGAUCGUCCACGCCCGUUUUGACGGACUAUGACCCCUGUAGGCUGGUUGCAAUCUGCAGCUUUCCAAGACUGCAGACUUCAAGCCCCCAUCUUCUUCCAUGUCACCUCCCAUGCCAAACCAUGCCCCCCAUGCCCAGUCCCG